AUGUCAACUGCUUCAAAUGAGCUCAAACAUUCACGCCAAUUCGCGAAGCUCUCCGAAAUUCUUUAUAUAGAAGCGUACGAAUGCAUGAAGAAAGAAAUCGAUUAUAUGUUUGCUGAACUGAAAUUCGAGGGUGCUGGAGCCCGUCGGCGGUUCUCGUUUUCAGAGGAUGUGGUCAUCAAGCGCUGCCGCAUAGAAUCACUUAUAAUCAAAAACCGAUAUUAUGAUUACUGGACAGAUCUGUUCCGCGCCAGACGAGAAAAUCGUGAAAUAAAGGAUUUCGACAUAGAUCCACGUCUAAUGAUUAUGUUAUGUCAAAGCAGGGAACGAGUUGGCAAAAGGAAUGCAGAACGUCAAGCAAAAUUGGACUCAUCUGAAAAAUUGGAGAGAAAUUUCAACUGCAAGAAUCCACAAAAAUUCUGGAAGACUUCUGUUCAGAAAGAAUCGGAUCAAAAGUCUCCAGCCGCUGUUGAACCAUGA